AUGACGUUAACAGAAAAUAUUAUGGAACUGUUGCUAACCUUUGAUAAAAAUUCAUCCCUAAUAGAAGAUAGAUUUACCAAAGAAUUGAAAUCUUUGAUUAAAUUAUCGAAUUCAGGGGGAUUAAAGGCCAAACAUUGGUCAAUAUAUGAGUUUAAUGAUGUAUUAGAUGAGCCAGCAUGUGUAUCAAAAUUUGAUAUUGAGGACAACGGAAAAAUUGUGCGUGCAAAUUAUUGUGGAGUAUGCGCAUCAGAAAAUUUCAGUUAUGAAGUUUUUGCAGCAGGAAACUCUAAUGUAUGGAUAGGUAUUGGUUCCGGUAGCCGUGUUCGUACGAAUUCUUCUAAUUUUUAUUGUCCGUCAUUUCACGAAGAUAGUAUGAGAAUUACUGUUUAUUUAGAUAUGAAUAAAAGAACUUAUACUUUUACGGUCAAUGGUACAAAAUAUCUGGAGGAAGAAUAA